UAUAAGGACAUCCGCCCUGAUUGGCUGCCAACCAUCGGGCGGGAGAUUUGAAUCCCUGUCAAGGGGCGGUGCGUCUGCCGGGAGCGAAUAUAAGGAGAGCUCCGGCAGCGCGCCAGCAGUCUUGACUCGUUACUUUGUAAUGAAUAAAAGUUGCUUUAUGUAUCGAGCUGGUCCAGUCUUCUUUUCCCUGCGCCGGAUCUAACACUGGCGACGAAGGACUAGAGAGAAGAACCUUCACAAGACUCUUGGCACGAUCGCCCACCGAACAAAAUCACCACACCACAGCGAUCUUCCAGAAUGGCCACCCCGCAAGCCCCGAUGACCGCGCUGAACCCGUUCGACCCAUCCCGGGAGAAGUGGAGGUCAUACAUGGUCCGAUUCCGGCAGUUCCUGCGAGGCAAUGGAUACCAGAACCUCGAUGAGGAGAGAAAAAGAGCCCUCUUCCUGGCUCAUUGCGGAUCGGACGUUCUGGAGAUGGCGAUUGACCUCGUGGCACCCAGGGACAUCGAGGAGAUGUCCUGGAACGACCUGCAGGAAGUCCUACAGGAGCACUAUGCACCUACAGGCACCCCCAUCGCAAACAGGUUCACCUUCCAGCAAAGAAACCAGCGGGAAGGUGAAUCCAUCAAGGAAUUCGUGGCAGCGCUUCGCCAAAUCGCUGCCAACUGCGAGUUCGACAAUGUGGACAAUGCCAUCCGGGACCGCAUUGUGUUUGGAAUGCGAGAUGUGGGGCUGCAGAAGAAGUUCCUCAGCCGGAAGAAGAUUCCGCUCAAAGAUGUCCUCGACGAGGCAACGGCGGCUGAAACGUCUGAGCAAGCAGCCGCCGCGAUGGUAAAAGCAAGGGGGAUCCAUAAGAUCCACAAGUCGGGCCCGACCUCAUCAGACGAGGCAACUACUCAAUCCGAGUCUGAUGAGGAAAUGGCCGUCCACAAGGUGUCCCGCCCUCCCAGGCGGGAAAACCCACAGCAUGGCGACCGGGGAGAGCGAUGCGGCAGCUGCAGAGGCGACCACCCCAGGGCAAACUGCAGAUGGAGGGACGCGACCUGCCGCCGAUGCCUGAAGAGGGGCCACAUCGCAGAGGCCUGCAGAGCCACAGAUCCAGCCCCGGAACCACCCAGACCACGAUUCAGGGAAAAUCGAAAAGAUAACCAGAGGACAUCCAAACGGUCCUCAAACCAGUCCCGGCGCGGGGAGGAGGAAUAUCCCCGCAACAGAACAGUGCACCAGACCACCACCAUUGCUCACACAAGCGACGAGGGAACCACCAAGUUCCACGUGACACUGCUAGCAGAGGGGUCUCCGUGCAAGAUGGAGGUAGACUCCGGAUCCGCCUACUCCAUCAUGGACUGGCAGCACCUACAGCAGCUGAACCCGGCAUACAAAAGGACCCAGCUGAAAACCCCGAAGGCGAGACUUGUGGACUUCAACGGGAACCCCAUUGAAAUCCUAGGCAGAGCCACAAUCCGGGUGAAGUACAACGACUUCAACGGAAAACUACCCAUCACCAUCGUGCAGCACAGCCGACCGAACCUGUUGGGUGUGGAGUGGUUCAAGCCGCUGGGACUUUCACUUCAGGGCAUCCACGAGAUCCGCAGGGACGAACUCGACUCCAUCAUCGAAGAGUUCAAAGAAGUCUUCGAUGGUAAGCUGGGGAAAUUUGUGGGGAGGCCAAUCUCCUUUAAUCUGGACAAGGGAAUCACCCCAAUCAGGCUCAAGCCCCGCCGAGUUCCAUUUGCCCUGCGGCCUAAAGUAGAUGAGCAGCUGGAUAAGCUGAUCGCCCAGGGCGUCCUGGAACCGAUCGAUCAUGCCUCAUGGGAGACCCCCAUUGUGACCCCACUGAAGCAUGAUGGGUCUGUGCGCAUCUGUGCUGACUACCGUUGUACCAUCAACAAGGCGUUGGCACAGAGCGCAUACCCAGUCCCAGUGGUGCAACAUCUGCUGCAUUCCCUGGGAUCUGGAUCAAUUUUCGCGAAACUGGACCUGGCCCAGGCUUACCAGCAACUGCCAGUGGAUGACAAAACGGCGGAGGCUCAAACAAUUGUCACGCACAGAGGGGCAUUUAAAUGCAACCGCCUCCAAUUUGGAGUCAGCGCUGCCCCUGGCAUCUUCCAAUCCAUGAUGGAACGCCUUCUCCAAGGCGUUCCAGGGGUGGUGCCUUACUUCGAUGAUGUGCUCAUCUCCGGUGACUCAAGAACCCAACUCCUUGAAAGGCUCAGGCUUGUCCUGCAGCGGUUCAAGGCCAAGGGUUUGAGGGUCAGGCGGGACAAGUGCAUCAUAGGAGUACAGGAAGUCGAGUUCCUGGGCUUCCUCAUUGAUAGCACAGGCAUCCACCCCACCAAAUCAAAAGUGGAAGCAAUCCAUGAAGCUCCAAGCCCAAAAAACAAAACGGAGCUUCAGGCUUUCCUUGGGUUGCUCAACUUUUACGCCAUUUUUUUAAAACAGAAAGCCACAGUUGCUGAGCCACUCCACCGCCUGCUGGGAAAAUCGGCUUCCUGGAAGUGGGGCCAGGAAGAGGAAGCGGCAUUCCGGGCCAUCAAAGGACUAUUGACGUCCAAAAGCGUACUCAUUCAGUACAGCGAGACGCUUCCCAUCAGACUGACCUGCGACGCGUCGCCUUACGGGGUGGGGGCAGUCCUCAGCCACGAACUGCCCAAUGGCUCGGAAGCCCCAAUCGCGUACUUCUCAAAGACUAUGUCUGGCGCAGAACGGAACUAUAGCCAGCUGGACAAAGAAGCCCUGGCCAUCGUGGCUGGAGUGAAGCGCUUCCACGAAUACCUCUACGGAAGAAGCUUCACCAUAGUCACAGACCACAAGCCUCUCCUGGGACUCCUCGCAGGCGACCAACCAACCCCGACCUUCAUGUCCCCGAGAAUGACGAGAUGGGCAAUCUUCUUAGCGGGCUACUCCUAUAGGCUCGUGCACCAGCCAGGCACAGCCAUAGGAAACGCCGACGCCCUCAGCAGAUGCCCGUCGAAGAAGCCGGUCGAAGACCCAGCCCCCACACUCCACCUACUGCACAUUGAUGACGACGCCAGCUGCCCGGUGUCAUCCGCAGAUGUGGCCGUCCACACCCAAAAGGACCCCACACUCCGCACAGUGAAAUCCUGGAUCCUCAGAGGGUGGCCGUCGGGAAAGCCAGAGGAAAGAUUCAGCCCGUUCGCCAGGAAACAGGAGGAGCUGUCCACCAUGAAGGGCUGUCUGCUAUGGGGAGACAGGGUGCUGAUUCCAAGCACUCUGCAACGGCGAACGUUGGAGACCUUGCACAAGGGGCACCCGGGCAUCGUCCGCAUGAAGGCACUGGCACGGAGUUAUGUCUGGUGGCCCUCCAUGGACAAAGACAUUGAACAAUGGGUCUCCAGAUGUGACCCGUGCCAAGAAGUUCGCCCAGCGCCGCCGCAAUCCGAGGUCGCGAAGUGGGAGACCCCCGGCAACCCCUGGUCGAGGGUCCACAUUGACUUCGCGGGUCCGAUGCAGGGGCGACACCUCCUCAUCGUGGUAGAUGCCUUCUCCAAAUGGCUCGAGGUGGUGCCCAUGGCAUCUACCACAACGGAUGCGACGAUCCGAGCCCUGCGCCGUCUCUUCGCCACUCAUGGUCUACCGGAUGUGCUGGUCUCAGACAACGGCCCCCAGCUCACAUCCUUGACCAUGGAAUCCUUCCUGGCGGGACUGGGCAUCCGCCACGCCCUGUCCGCCCCUUACAGGCCGGCCGGAAACGGACAAGCGGAACGCAUGGUCCGACUGACCAAAGAGGCCCUCACCAAGAUGGGCCCGGGGGACUGGCAAGAGCGCAUAGACAAUUUCCUCCUCACCCAGCACAUCACGCCACACGCCACCACCCACAAGAGCCCGGCCGAACUGUUGAUGGGCAGAAGGUUGAGGUCACCCUUGGACCGGCUGCACCCCCAAUACAGCCCGGAAGUGACCGCAACCGCCAGCCGCCCGCUUCGCGCCUUCAGCAACGGAGAUUCAAUUUUCGCGCUGAACUUCAGCGGCUCUCCUAAGUGGCUGAAGGGGAAGAUUGCCAGCACAACCGGCCCCAAAUCAUACAUCGUCGAGUUGGAAGAUGGACAGUUCGCGAGACGUCACAUCGACCAACUCCGAAAAAGGUGGGGGGGAGCGCAUGAAAACCAGCCUGACGAGGGAGGCCUACAACACCCCGAUGAGGUAGACCUCCAACACCCCAGCGAGGUAGGCCUACCACACCCAGACCCGGUAGGCCUACAACAACCCGGCGAGGUAGGCCUACGACACCCCGACGAGGUAGGCCUACCACACCCCUGCGAGGCAGAGCAGCACCACCCCGUCAAGGUCGGCCCAGCCCACUACCAGAUGCUGUCACGCCGGCAGCCCAGCGAGGUAGACCGGGGCCAACCGCACGGAGGAUGGCAACAACAACCCAGCCAGGUGGGCACCGGGCACAGCAAGGCCAGGGACCACCAACCCAGCCCGCAGGUAGACCGGGACCUGCCCAGAGGAGGAGCAACGCACCCCACCAGUGACAGCAGCCCAUGCCAGCCCAGCCAGGGAGACUGCAGUUCAAGGCGAGUAGACCGGGACCCAGCCAAGACGGGCAACCCACGACCCACGGGCGAGGGUGGCACACUACUCACCGACGUGGGGGACCCCCGCCCAUCACAAGAGACAGCCAAGAAACGACACCCCGACCAGGAUGGCCCCAGGCACCAACCAACGGUAGACCAGGGACUAGGGGGAAGGGGAAGUCGACAACAACCCGGCCAGGGAGACCUGCACCACCCCGGCAGGGGAGACCUCCGCCGCCCCGCGGAGGUAGCACCGCAACAACACCCCGACCAGGUCGACCACCGCCAGCCAGACAAGGUAGACCGACGCCAGCCCAACCGAGGGGGCCAACGCCACCCCUGCGAGGUCGGACAGCACAACAACAACAACGAGAGCCAGCACCACCCGAACCGAGCGGAACCGCCACCCGAGCGGCAGCAAGCCGGACCGAGACCGCACCACAGCGCCCGGGAGACCAGGGAAGAGCAAGAAAUGGACUUACCGAGACUCAGACGCUCUUCCCGGGUCGGAACCGAGCAGCCGAGGCGAGGCGAGAGAUCCACAGGACAGGAGGAAGACCACCAGGACCAGCGAUCCAAGGUCUGCGGUCCGGCCGGAGGCGCUGGGGGUGGCCCCGCUCACUCGACAGCCGAACCGAGCCCGGUUCCGGAGAGGGAACCAGGAGACGAAAGAGCCCCGUCCUUCCAGGCCGGAGACGGAGGAGAAGUGAGACUGCGCAGGUCAGCUAGGGUGCCGAGGCGUCCGGCGUACCUGCGCGACUACGUAACGUUUGUGAAUGAGAUUGACAUUUCGGACUAAGGGGGGAGGAGUGUUAUGUCCUUAUAAGGACAUCCGCCCUGAUUGGCUGCCAACCAUCGGGCGGGAGAUUUGAAUCCCUGUCAAGGGGCGGUGCGUCUGCCGGGAGCGAAUAUAAGGAGAGCUCCGGCAGCGCGCCAGCAGUCUUGACUCGUUACUUUGUAAUGAAUAAAAGUUGCUUUAUGUA